AUGGUGGCCCAAGGUUUUAAUAAUAUCGAGAACAUCAGCAACAGCAAUAGUUUGGGUAGCAACAACGAUAGCCUUGGUCAUGCUACAGGGGAUGUCAAAGAGGGCAAGUCUGCGAAGCCACGCCGUGCUUCCUUGAGCCCAGAAUCAAGCGGUCGAGUAUUUACAUGCUUCUUUGGUGAUUGUCGCAAGAUCUUCAAGCGUUCUGAACAUCUUAAACGCCAUGUACGAUCAGUGCACACUCAGGAUAAGCCCUUCUUAUGCUCAUUCCCUGGUUGUCCAAAGCGAUUUUCUCGAAGUGAUAAUUUAAAUCAGCAUGUUCGGAUUCAUCGUCAUGACAAGGAGAAGGCUGCUCCCAAACCCUUCACGAACUUCACUCCAAUUUACCGGCCCCCCAGUGAUUCUGACUAA